AAUCCAAUUCCUUUGUACUUUACCUUCGUUACCUUUUUUAAUACCCCUCACAUCUCCCCUUUACACAUUCAAAAUGGGCAAGGACGCUGGUUUCGCUCCUGGUGACUCUGCCAAGGGUGCCAAGCUCUUCCAGACUCGCUGCGCUCAGUGCCACACCGUCGAGGCCGGUGGUCCCCACAAGGUCGGCCCCAACCUCCACGGUCUCUUCGGCCGUAAGACCGGUUCCUCCGACGGCUACGCCUACACCGACGCCAACAAGCAGGCCGACGUCACCUGGGAUGAGAGCACUCUCUACCCCUACCUCGAGAACCCCAAGAAGUACAUCCCCGGUACCAAGAUGGCCUUCGGUGGUCUCAAGAAGGCCAAGGAGCGCAACGACCUCAUCACUUACCUCAAGGAGGCCACCGCUUAGAUGUCUUCACCUAUGUGAAACUUUCUAGACCCCGACCGGGACGUACGGGUCUGCCUCGACUCUGCGUGCUGGAAACAGCCGGUCACUCGGUCGUCUCUGCGGCUUGGUCGGGUCAUGUAACAUUACCCUUUGAUUACAUGCGAUAGACUUUGGAACCUUUGUGCGAUGGAAGAAAAAAGAGGAUGCUAUAGAGCCUUUUGCCUCCUUCGCGACCGCUGUCUACUACACAUAUUCCCGAUUGACGUUUUGUUUAUUUUUUUUUCAGUUGUGACCAACGAAUGCCCUGCUUUGUGUAUGAUGGUAUCAAUACUUUUUUUCUGUGAGACUAUAAUGAAAAAAGAUCUCCUCUCAUGACGCCAUGCGCGCC